AUGUCCGACUCACCGGUAGCCCGCGUGAGCCGGCCUCAUGGUCCUUUUAUAGGACGCGAGUCGGAUUUUUGGAAGCGCCGGCGUGAAUACCCAUUCCAAAAAACUGAAGCCGAGCUAAGCCUUUUGGAUAAUUUACAGGGAAAUCACCAAGUGAUUGCGCCAACUCAGGCCAAAUCGGCCUCUGUGCCCAACACCAAAGGCCCCGAUGUUAAACCUCGUCUUCUUCUAAUGGGACUCCGCCGGCAAGUUUUCUCUGCCGCUCUUGGACAGCAGAGAUAUUAA